AUGUCGUCCACCGAGGCGGUCCCGUCCGCAUCCCCAUACACUGAAGUACGCACGGUCCCCUACCGCUGCGAAUGCUUCGCGGAGUCCAAGUCCGGGAACUAUUGGGACGACGAACCCCUCCGGGAGCAAAUUCUCAAGGCCAAGGCAAACCAGCAGAAGGAGUGGUGGAUACCCCGGCCCGGGCAUUCCCUGGACCUCUGGGGGCGGCUGCUCAGCGAUACGUUCGGCCUCGCCGGCGACGGAGAGACCCUCCCCGAUAACCUCGAUGACACCCUGCCCGCGCACGUGGUGGCGGCGGAGAUCUACAACGCGCGGUACCCCUUGACCGGCGUCGUCCGGUACCUCCGCCUCUGGGAGUGCGUCGGGAGGCCCCUCUGGCCGCUGACGGAUUGUGCGCUCGUGGUGAUCGAUUUAAUCCCCGGGAACUCUUCGAAGCUGGUGCGUGAGGCAUUCCCUGAGCGCGCGAGGGCUCUGGAUCGUCUCAUUCGGAGCAGCACCUACAAGGAGGAGGAGCCACACAUAAAACAGGAAGGAGGGGAGGAGAAGCCAUACAUAAAACAAGAAGCGGGGGAGGAGGAGCCGGUGAAGGAACUCGUCCGAUACCCCUUCAUCCGAGUCUUCUGCACCUGGGGCGACAAGGAGCACCCGAACCCGUCGCUGGACGAGUGCCAGGAAAUCGUCACCCAGCUGGGGAUGACGGACGAGGCGCGACGCACGUGUCGGGCGUUCUUCCUCGCCAAGUGCUCCAGGGUCGGCAUCUAUACGUGGGAUCGGAGGGGGCCGCAAGGCGGCCCGAUGCAGGACCGCACGGCGCUGCCACUGCGCGUCCACCCGGAGCAGGGCGAUGACCCCUUCCUCUGCCUGGCGGAUGAUCAUGCGCGGGUGGGGAAGAUUGUGCAGCAGCUGUCGAGGGAGGUGCAUGCCGUCCUCAAGCUGGCGGCAUUCUGGUAA